AAAAAGAUCAAGCCUUUGACACCCGAAGAACUCGAAAAAUUUGAAAAGGAACAAAAAAAGAUGGGUGUUUGCUACUUGCCCAGAAUUCCUCCCUUUAUGAAACCAAUGCGUGUAAAGGCCCUUCUUUCCGAGUAUGCUGAGAUUGGUAGAAUUUAUCUUCAGCCAGAAGAUCCCAAGAUCACAGCACGUCGGAAAAAGUACGGAAAGAACAGAAGAGUUAACUAUGUCGAAGGCUGGGUAGAGUUUAAGGAUAAGAAGCGUGCAAAGACAUUGUCUACAUAUUUGAACAUGAAGCAAAUUGGUGGAAAGAGAAAGAGCCAUUACUACCAUGAUGUGUGGAACAUUAAAUAUUUACCGAAAUUCAAAUGGACUCACUUGACAGAACAAAUU